GAGGAGAGAGCAGGGAGGAGAUAUUUGUCUUAAGGAGCAACUGUGAACACUGUUUCUUAGGUGGCACAACACCGGAUGUUGAUUUUGGAACUGUCACCUUCAGUACAAUGGCACAAAGCAGGUGAAGGAAGACAGUGAAGAGGUUUUAUGCUGGCACCUGCCCUCUGCUGUCAUAGCCAGCUAGAGAGACACCACUGCAGAUACCAGUGACCUGGAGUAAUCUAGUCCUCAGAUAGGGGACAUUGGCAUCAGCAUCAUUGUUCAUCAUUUGAACAUCAACAGACUGGAUUAAGAAAUAAGAACACAAUCAACGAAUCCGUAUUCAUCCAGUCUUGGUGAGAGAGGUGAACGUGAACCUUUGUGGGCCGCACUGGGUCUUUUCAUGACUGUACCUUGUUAGGUGAGUUGGUGAAAUCUGGAAGUGGAGGUACUUCUCAUGGAUUCCAACAUACCGGGGUCUUUCCUGUUCAACAACAGCCUGAACCAGUUCUCCUCGGACUUAAAGGCACCUGUGUGUCAGUAUUCAGUGCCCAACUCCUUCUACAAGCUUAACCCAAGCCUGAACAGCCAGCUGCAGGCAGCAGGCACACCCCACGGCAUCAGUGACAUCCUCAGCCGUUCCAUGAUGGGCGCUACGGGCACUACCACCCUGCUGUCUGGAUACCCCACCAUGGGGGGUUUUGGCACCGUGGCCACCCCGGGGGUCUACUACAACCGUGCAGACUACAAUCCCUCGCUGGGCGGCUUCACCAAGCCUGGCGCUGAGUGCGCCAUGAAGGGUCGCAGUGGCAGCUGCUGGGUAGAGAGCGGGUACGAGUGGAGAGGAGGGAGGCAGCAGUGCAAUAACAGUGAGUAACUCCGUACUAUAGUCACCUGAACAUCACACGACUCACACACCAACUGACUGUUUUUCAUGUUUUUCUCAAAGCUCAAACAAAUUAAUAUAUUUUGUGUAAAUUACUCUGUAACUACUCUGUUUAAUUAAAAAACAAAUAUCUUAAAACAUUUGAAUAACUUAAUUUCUCAUAAAAGUUUUUAAAUCAAGGUUCUGUUAGUUAAAGGUGUAAAUAUAUUCUUGAAUAGAGUGUACUGCAGUCUAUUGUAAUCUAUAAUGUCAUUUUAUGUGUCAUUGUUUAAAUACUGGUUAUCACUAACCAUUCAGUCUUUCAGUAAAGAUAGAGUGUACAUAGAAUUUGGCUGACUCAUUCACUUAACAUACAUUCAAAUAUUUUGAAUCUGAUUACAAGGAUAAUGCUGCAUAGGUCACAUAAAACAUUUUAAGAUGUGAAAAAUGAAAUAUUGAGAAAUGUAUUGUAUCUAAUAUUAUAUUGGAUCAUCUUUGUAAUACAAACCCACUAAAAAUACAAGACAAUUGGUUGUAUCUAUGUCCUCAAAUGUAAUAUUUGUUUAUUCAUUUUGAUUCCUCCAAUAUAAGAGAAUUUGACUAACUACUACCAAUAUUUUACAGAUAUGUAAAAAAUGUCUAUGUAAUUGACCUUGUCAUCAUUAUUUACCUCACUAUUUGUAUGCAGUCUCCAAGUGACUUAAAUUGAAAAUAACUGUAAUGCAUACUUUAUUUCCAGACAUUGGGCAUCUAGAGGAUAUUUCAGGCAGGAAGAAGCACACCAGACCUACAUUCAGUGGACAUCAGAUAUUUGCCCUGGAGAAAACCUUUGAGCGGACCAAGUACUUGGCCGGGCCAGAGAGAGCUAGACUGGCCUACUCCCUGGGCAUGACAGAGUCACAAGUCAAGGUAAAACAAAAGUCCCCAUAUAGACAGAUCUACAAGCAUGCACUGACUAUACACUUCAUCUGAAUUCAUUUAGUAAAAAGGAUUACAGUAUUGUAUAAUUGAAUGUAAGAUGGUUAAUCCCACUAAGUAAAGAAAUUAUUUCAUCAGGUGUGGUUCCAGAACCGCCGCACCAAGUGGAGGAAGAAGAGUGCCUCAGAGCCCAGCUCCACCCAAGCCACGCAGGGCGAGCAGGGAGGGGAGGCCUCGGAGAACGAGGUGGAGGAUGAGGAGUACAACAAGCCUCUGGAUCCCGAGUCAGACGACGAGAAGAUACGACUGCUGCUGCGGAAACACCGCCGGGCUUUCUCUGUACUCCGCCUUGGACCACACCACGUCUGACACAUACACACAAAAGCUCCCACGCACACACAGGCACAGACACACACGCACACAUCAGAUGUGCAUGUUGUAGCAAGAGGUAGGGUUAAACAAAUUUUGUAGUACAGACCAACAACUAAAUAUUCAAGCAUGUUAAAAAAAUGUCACAUUUAUAAUACAGUAAGUUUAAGGAGAAAAAAGGGUAAUGGUUCACAUGAAGUGAUGCCUUGACGUACAGUAUUUGUAACCAUAAUGGAAACAGAGGGAAGAUGUUACCAUGAAAUGAUGGGUGAAACACUUUAAAUUGAAAAUAGAACUCAUCAAUGAGUUUCAAUGAGGCAAAUGGUUAACUGUUAUGUAGGAAACCCAUCAUGAUCUAUUAUCCUCAGCUACACUAUCGGGGAAUUUUGAUGGUUGCAUUAAACGUGAAAGGAAAUAGUUUAUCAUGUGUACAUACACACUAUAGCAGACCAAAGCUGAAUAGAUGAUAUGUAAACCAUGGAUAAUGCAGUUGACAGUACCUGUUUGAUUUGAAUAGAAUAAAACCGUCAGGUCAAGGACUUUUUAUUUUAGUUCAUCAAAUUAAUUUGCUUGUUGUACUCUUAACAUUCAAUGUCCAUUUGAACUUGUUUCACAGUCAACUGCUGUACUAUGAACACAGAAUAUUUAUAUUAUUAACUUUGAUUAAUUUAAUUGAGAGCCUGGCAAUGCUGUUUUAUUUAACACUGGCGUUGAGGGCACACAUAUCAAGAUAAGUCUUGACCUUUUAUUUCGACUAAUGUGUUGCUAAUGUCAUGCAGACAUGCAAGCUUUCAUGACAUUUGAGGGUUUCUGCGCAUCCAAAUGAAGUUGCAUAAGGAUAAUGUAAAUUAAUGAUU